GUCUACACUACCACUUAAGUUGAUGUAACUUAUGUCGGUCACGGAUGUGAAAAAGCCACCCCCCUGAGCAACGCACCACCUGAGCUGUCCACACCAGUGCUAAGUCAGUGGGGGACACUCUCCUGCUGUCAUAGCUUCCGCCUCUUACUGAGGUGGAGUAAUUAUGCUGACGGGAGAGCGCUCUCCGGUCAGCAUAGUGCGUUUUCACCAGACUCACUACAACAGCGCAGUAAUGUAGACUAGCCCUCGGACAAGACCCUCUUGUAGUGUGACUACCCCUCGGGGCGCACACUCACUAGGACGAGCCUCCUGGGCUUCAGCUCCUCCUGGGUCUGAUCUCUGAGCAUUCAGCAUCCCUGUUUCAUGCCGUAAACUCCCUGCAGCGAGUCCACCUGACUAGAACACCUGGGGAAACCUUACAUGCCCCUCAAAGGGGCCAUGCACCCCAGACUUCGCCAGUCAGGAUUGACUCUCAGCCAGCGGUGUCAUCUGAAACACAGCAUAGAGCAGAAUCUUGUUAGCACAGAAAGCAGGAAGUUAAAGCAAAGUCCAUCUUGAGGAGACUCAGAGCACUGGGCUCUCCCCCUGAGUCCCAAACCAGGAGACUGACCAGCUUCCAGCAGCUCACUCUGUCACACCCAGUUGCCCCUCCUCCAUCCUGUAUGCUGUUGCCCAGGCAAACCGGUCACCUGGCCUCCACCUCUUCGUUCUCUAAUUCCUCGGACUCGCUCUUGCAGAGGAUGGGCCCUAGCCAUCAGUUGCUAGGAUACAGAAUGUCGAACCAUUGUCUGGGCCCAGGUAGCUAGAUGGCACUUGUACCUUCCCUCUUGGGGUAUCUGCAAAGCGCUCUCACCCUUAUCCCACUGCCUAGAUACUUGUGCAACACAUAGGGAACCCUGAGGCGCACAAGUAUUCAUACAAACAGGGCCGGCUUUAGGCCGAUUCCACCGAUUCCCCUGAAUUGGGCCCCGCCCCUAAGAGGGCCCGCGCAGAUCGGGCAGUGUCCCUGCCUGAAGCAAAGCUCCGUGGCUCUCCCGGAAGCAGCAGCUGUUGCUGCUAGGCAACGAGGAGAGACGCGGCUGAGGCAGAGGCAGCAGCGGCUGUUGCAGGUCAGGAGGGGGCAGGGGGGAAGAAGGCAUGUGCUUUGCAGCCUUCCCCUCCCCUCCCCCCAGCACUCACCUGGAGGAGACACCUAGGGGGCUUCCGGUCUGGUGGGAGACAGGAAUCUCUGCAGUGGACCUCACUCACCUUAGCAGCUGCUGGGUCUUCGGUGUUGAUGCUUUGGAUCCAGAGAGGUUAAUACAAUGUCCAUAUGAUAAAUCUCAUCAAAUCAGGGCCUGUCGGUUUCCCUAUCAUCUUAUAAAGUGCAGGAAGAACCACCCUGAUGUUGCAAAGCAGCUAGCCACAUGCCCCUUUAAUGCCCGCCAUCAGGUACCCAGAGCUGAGAUCGGCCAUCAUAUCUCAAGCUGUGAUGACAAAAGCUGCAUUGAGCAAGACAUUGUGAGUCAGUCGAAUAACUGCCACAGAGAGAAGAUGAACACUGUCAGCAUGUGGCAGCCGCCCCCAUGUGAUGAAGACUGGGAUAAAGAUCUACAGGAGCAAUCAAAUUCUACGUUUGUUUGGGGCACGUUCAAUAGUGGCAUAAACAACAGCCCUGGGUCCAGCGUAGUGAUGGAACCAAAGAAUAAGCUAAUGCCAGGCAUGAGAGCACCCAAGUCCUUGCCAUAUAGCCUAUCCUGGAAAAGCAACGCAGAUGAGUCUGGUGCUGCUACUUUUGUUCUUGGCUCCAAGACAAAUCACACCUUAAGCACAAGUCAAAGUCUUGGUGAGAGAGGCCGGGAUGGAAACCAACAAAUGCAGGCCGUGAGCACGUCAGCAGCAGUAUGGACUCCAAAGGGUCACUCCUGGAGAAAUGGCUGUCUGUGAGGCUCCUGCUAUGGGAAAGAGCAGCCUGGAGAAGAAUUGAAGCUUUUAAACUUGUAGAUUUCCCCAAUAGUCAUUUUAGACAUGUUCUUAAUGUCCAGACUGAGAAAUAAAACCUCUCUUUGUAUCAA